GCGCUUGCAGGCCUGGCUGGCUUCGCAGCCUGUGCUGCCCGGCUUGUCGCGCCCCGCAUUCUAGCAGCGCGAUGGCGGUCCUCCCCGCAAAUCCUUCCAGGGGCACCAUAGAAGCGGUGCUCGCCCUCUCCACGGUCAUGCAUGCCGCCGCCCAGGCUGCUCAGCCCAAGCCGUCAUCGUCCGAGGCUGACGCGCGCACGAGUGGCUCCUCCGCGGCCGCGGCGUUCGCUCGGCUGCGAGGUGGCGAGCUGGGCGGUUCACUCGCGCCGCACACGCCUGUGCCGGCCGCGGCGGCGGCGGCGGCGGCCCCGGUCGAGGUCGCGGGCGCCGCGCCGCGCCACCUUCUUGUGAGACAUGACAAGGCGCGGCGGAUCGUGACGAUUGAAGUGAGCGAGACUGCAGUGAUGGCCUUCUACAUGUCGGGCUGCGCCUUCAUCAUCGGGGGCGUCGCGCUUGGUUGCGCGCUCUGGCAGCGCACGCGGGGGGGCGCCCCAAAGCAGGAGCCGUGCGAGGCGGGAGGCGUCUCCGUCUGCGUCGCGAUGGAGUACUGCGCAGGCGGGGACCUGAUCGACCGCAUGGCGUGUCGCCGCGGCGAGCUGCCGCUGCUCGAGGCUCAGCUGGUCUCCUUCCUGUCCACGCUGUGCCGCACCCUGUACUACGUGCACUCCUGCGGCGUGCUGCACCGCGACCUCAAGUCGACAAACAUCUUCGUGACGCGCGGCGACGCCACUGUCAAGCUCGGCGACUUCGGCCUCGCGCGCGCCGGCGCCUCGCCGGCUGAGCGGCACACACACACACACACACACAGAGGCGCGCUUCAAAACGGGGGCUGCGAGAGCGUAGGCCUCUCGCGCCGGCGGCUGAGCGGCUCGCCGCGCCGCCACUCGCGCUGCGGCACCGACUUGUACAUGUCGCCCGAGGUCGAGGCGCGCAAGCCAUACGGCGCCGCGUCCGACGUGUACGGCCUUGGCUGCGUGCUGCUCGAGAUGCUGCUGCAGUCGCAGCUGCGCGAGCGGCGGCUCGCCGAGACGCGGCGCGAGUCGAUU